CAUCAUCAUCGUUACCCCAGUGCCGCAAAGGCACAAAGAGUUGGAUGUAUGUAAUAUUACCCCUGUACUAAAGCACAAAGAGAUUGUUUCCGGAUGACCCAUAAUGAAAAUUGCAUCAAAAAAUGCAUGGACUGACAGUUGUUUCAUAACAAAGAAGCGCGGACAGUGUAAUGAGCCAUUUUGCUUUAUUUCAUCAAAUUCCCAAGCCAAAAAAUAGUGAGACUUUGGCUCCAAUACAAAGAAUUGUUUAAAACAAGUUUUUGAGUUUAUAAGAAUGUUUUACUUUUAUCAAUAUUUUCUUUCCUUCCAAAUUAUCCUCUAUUUUCUCUCAACUUUUUUGUAGCAUUUCCACAUUCCAAACAGACCUAUAGUGCAUUGUGUUAAGAAUGAAUAUGCCCUCUUUAUAGCUCUUUUUUGUUGAGUUGGGUUCAACCUUAUUCUUAACAUGUUUCAAUAACUGUUAUUACUAGGUUGUUCAUAAAUCAAAAUGGUUUGGGAAAGAAAAGAGGGCAGAUUUGGAAAGCCAUGUAACCAUCCCCCCUACAGACCGAGUGAAAUUGAUGGAAGCGAAGAAUGAACAGAACAAGCAUGCUUACUCGGUAGCUAUAGCCACCGCCGCAGCUGCCGAAGCGGCUGUUGCAGCCGCUCAGGCGGCUGCAGAGGUUGUUCGCCUCACAUCUGCAGCCUGUUACUUGGGUAAAUCAAACAAAGAGAUGGCUGCUAUCAAAAUACAAACCGCUUUUCGCGGAUACAUGGUCUAACAUUUCCUAUGCAACAUCUUUCUCCUCAAUCUAUUGGUCUACUUAAAAUUUUAGUUGAGAUUGUAGAAGUAAUUAUAUAAUGGAAUGAACAAUUAUUUUUAUUCUGCUGAUAAUAUAGAGUACAUAUGAAAUUUAUGUAGGAUACAUGAGCCUAUAUGAUAGAAAAGUGAAUCCAAAACGAAAGAGAAUAACAAUAUCGUAGUUCGUAGGGAAGAGGAAAAUCACUCAUUAAUAAGAAUAAUAAUAUUUAUUAAUGUAUAAUAUUCCUAAUACAGAAAGAUCAUAUCAUUCAACCUGGUUACCUAUUGUGAAGGCUAGGAGAGCAUUGCGAGGUCUGAAAGGUUUAGUGAGGUUGAAAACAAUGCUUCACGGGCAAUGUGUGAAACGACAAAUCGCCUCCACCUUAAAAUGUUUGCAAACAAUAGCUCGUGUGCAGUCUGAAGUUCGCUCUACAAGAUUAAGAAUGUGGGAGGAGGAAGAACAUGCUCUCCAAAGACAGCUCCAGCAAAAGUGGCACGCAAACGAGAUUGAGAAAUUAAGAGUAGUUCAUUGCAGUGAAUAUUGGGAUGUUAGUGCACAGUCUAAAGAGCAGAUUGAAGCAAAACUGCAGAAUAAACACGAUGCUACCAAACGUAGGGAAAGGGCAUUGGCUUAUGCUUAUGCUCAUCAGACACUGAGGAACUCCCCAAGAUCCAUGAACCAGACGAUCAUGGACCCGAAUAACCCCCAUUGGGGUUGGAGUUUGUUUGAGCGGUGGAUGGCUGCCCGACCGCAGGAGAGCAAAAGCUCUUCCUGUAAUGAGCUAACAAAUGCUUCUACUCCAUUACAUAGACCAAACAAAGAAUACCGCUUGCAUCAUAGCUUACAAUGGCCUUCUACACCCACCACUAAGUCCAAAAGAAUGAGGCCUCAAAGCCCGAGGACAGGCUAUGCAGACGACGAUUGGAGAAGCAUGGGGAGUGUUCAAUCAGAACGUUGCCCAAGGUAUAGUAUUGCAGGGUCAUCAUCAAUGAGAGAUGACAUUAGCCUUACCAGUUUGCCCGCAAUUCCCGGUUAUAUGACUCUAACUGAAUCAGCAAAGGCAAGAUCACGUUUUCCAAAUCACUUGUCAUAUUCUGAGAAGGGAACAUCAAUAGGUUCUGUAAGUAAACGUCUGUCUUUCUCCGGAUCCUCUGGUGGACUAAGAAGCUGUUCCGUUCACCUGAAUGUUUCUGAUCUGAAUUUUUUAAGUUCUGAUCUGAUCUGAUCUGAAUUUUUCUGAUCUGAUCUGAUCUGAUCUGAAUCUUCCUGAUCUGAUCUGAUCUGAUCUGAAUCUUUCUGAUCUGAUCUGAAUCUUUCUGAUCUGAUCUGAAUGUUGCUGAACUGAUCUGAAUGUUGCUGAUCUGAUCUGAUUUGAUCUGAAUGUUUCUGAUCUGAUCUGAAUGUUUCUGAUCUGAUCUGAAUUCUUCUGAUCUGAAUCUUUCUGAUCUGAUUUGAAUAUUUCUAUAAUUGUAAUUGUAAUUACAAUUAUAAUUAUUAGAUUUAUAAUUGUAAUUAAAAAUAUAACUUAAAUAAAAUUACAAUUAUAAUCAUAAUUAUAAAAAAAUAAUAAUUAAAAUUAAAUUUAAAAUUAUAAUAAUUAUACAAAUUACACUAAUUAUAAAUACAGAUACAAUUAUAAAUGUAAUUAUAUUUUUAAUUAUGAUUAAUUUUAUAAUUAUUAUUGUAAUUAUAAUUAUAAUAUUUAUUUCUAUAGUCAUAAUUAUGUCUAUAAUUACUAAUUUAAAUAUAUAAUUACUCCGAAGUAAUAAUAAUUACAACAAUAACAACAAGAACAACAA